GCCCAAUCGAGCUGGCCCUUGUUCCCUAUCGCCUGUGGAGCUCGGAUGUCGAUCGAUUCUAAAUAAGCAGGGGACGACGAUCCAUUCCAAAAAUAAGUUGACCGCAUUUCGAUACAUCGUAACAAAUAGUGUCAAUCUUCUCAAAAUCUGCAGCACAUCUCGAGCCUUGUCAGUCAUUUACCAUUUCUACCAUGAUCAUGGGCAUCCGUUUCUUGCCAUGGGUAGCCCUAACCCUGGCUGCUGUCACUGCAGCUCAAGGACAACCCUUUUCGACCUGGAUGCUGGACAGCAUCCUGGCGCGGCAGGAUGGAAUUACCAGCACAGGGGCGAUGACAAGACAAAUUGAAAAUGGCAUCUUCCAAGAGGCGCUUCGCGCCGCUAUCGAGCGGUCGGAUGACGCUGUCCAGCGUGGCCGGUGGACUGAAUAUCAUCAUCGCAGUGUGGAGCAAGGCAUCCAGGAGGCGCUAAACGCGUCCAAAGAUGCUCUAGAUUAUGGACUAGACCGACUGUGUCUAGCUCGGUCGCUUCUCGAAUUGCCCCCCAAUGGCCAAUUUGACCAACAAGCCCUGGAAGCUUUGCGGGAAUCAGUGCGGCUGCAACCUCGCAAUGCCCUAGGUGGCCUUUGGUACUACGCCAACCCGCCCGCCCCUUAUAAUUACCACGGAGACGCGUCCUACGGUGAUGGCAUGUAUGGAUACGCUCCGUACGCCGCCCUUUGGGGAUCAAUUACCGGCGACGAGGUGCUGAAUCUGGACGCCGCCCUUACACAAUUAGCCCUGAUAUAUCGCAAUGCGCGCGAUUCAACGACUGGUCUUGUCAAGCACGGGUAUCAGCUGUCCCGCAAUGCCUCCUGGGCCGAUACCGCUACAGGUGCCAGUCCUGUUAUCUGGGGGAGAAGUCUGGCCUGGUAUACUGUUGGCCUGGUCGACGCCCUGGAAGUGGCUGCCACGAGGUCACCGGAGGUCGUGGCUACCGUAACGUACCAUCGCACACAGGCUCUGCUGCGGGAUAUAGUAGCAGCUGAGAUAGAGGCUGUGGACAAGUCCGUGAGCGAAACGGGCCGCUAUGGCAUUUGGCAGGUCGUAGACCAACCCGAGGCCCCCGGUAACUUUAUUGAAUCCAGUGCUGGUGCCCUGAUCACCUUUGCUCUAGCCAAGACCUUGCGUCUGGGUUAUAUGGGAGAUGUGCAUGGUCGGGUGUCGGUUCUUGUCCGAAAAAUGCACCAGGAUCUGGUGGAACGUUUCGUCGGGCACAAUCAAAAUGGCACGCUGGACUAUUUCGGCACUAGUGCGAUGGCUAGUCUGCAUCAGCCCAACGUUGACUACGAGUACUAUGUCAACUUGCCGGUCACGACGAACAGCUUAAUAGGCACGAGUGCAUUCGUUCUAGCGAGUCUCGAGAUCGAACGGAUGGGCUAAUCAGAUUUGUGGGAUAUUACUCUGAAAAGGUGAUUGUCGGGUCAUGUUUGGAUUUACUAGGAUAUAAUGUUUCAAACUUGAUGUUUCGAGCUUCAUGUUCAUCACCAGCCGAUCAAUGGCGAGACAUCUCACUGUGUUCAUCACUGAUCGUAAAGCUCCAACACCUUUUGGUAGAGUGCU